GAAAUCGGUCGCGAAGCUCUUUGUUGGCAGCUAUCCAGUGCGAAACCUGGGAACGGUGUGGAACAAAUUCGAGAUAAAUCCGUAACAACCUACUGGCAAUCAGACGGGACAGCGCAGCCGCACUGGAUCCAAGUUCAUUUCGGACGGCGCGUUGCUAUUAGUCACGUUUGCCUCUAUCUGGAUUUUUCGUUAGACGAAUCGUACACUCCAAAGAGAAUUACGAUUGAAGCUGGAAUGACAACACAGGACCUAUCAUUCGCAACUUAUCCCGUGAAUACCAGUAUUGAAGUACAUGAACCUGUCGGAUGGUCACGCCAACUAGACCCUUACAACUCUCGAAAGCUUGUCCGGGCUCACCUGAUUCGAAUUUCAAUUAUCAGUAUGCAUCAGAAUGGUCGGGAUACGCAUGUACGCCAAGUGCAGCUAUACGGUCCCCGAACAUCC